AUGCAUGCACUCGGUACGUAUAUUAGAUCGACACAAACCUUCCUCUUCAUUUUUUUUGCGCGCUCUCCUCGUCAACUGUCAACGCAGGGGUCGUCUUUCCGCAAGGCCACUCCCCCGGCCACUCCGCCGCUAAGCCUAGCUUCGUCCCACGGCAUCGGCGGCGACUGCAGCUGCCACAGCAGCAGAAAGCGUCCGAGAAGAAAGACUCUAGGAGGACCUAUUAUUCACAGCGGCUGCGGCUGCGGCUGCGGCUGCGGCGGCGACGGCAUCAACGGCAAUAACGACGUCGGCGGCGUCGACUACCGGUACGGCGGGUCGUCGCCGCCGCCUCCGUCGCAACACGGCCACCGUCAUGCUCGGACCGGCUUCUGCCGCUACGCCGAGGGCGACUCCGAGUGCGAUGACGACAGCAUGGGCGGCGGCGGGAACAAGCUGGGGCCGCCAACUGGUAUGACGCCGGCAAUCAAGAGGCCACGACGCCGUCGUGUCCGCUGCUGCCUGAGCAGCCGGUGCUUGUUGGUCGCCUGCCUCUGCCUGGUCGUGGCGUGGGGAAGCUUCAAGAUCGUCUGGUAUUUCCAGUGGCAGGCGCGGUGCGUGGAGGGGUGCUACGACGCGGAGGCGUCGAAGACGGGCUCCCAGGGACCAGAACAGGUGCACCUCGCGUACGGCGGGGUCGACGCAGAGGGGAACCCAACGGGGGUGACGGUGGUGUGGACCACCGCGGCGGGCGAAGCCCCUCCGGUGGUGGAGUACGGGCUGAGCAGGGCUGAGCUUAACCUGACGGCGCACGGCAGCUCCGUCCGCUACCUGGACACGGUUCACCACAGGGCGCCCCUCGAAGACCUCGCUCCGGGCACCCGGUUCUUCUACCGCUGCGGCAACCCGUCUUCUCCGACGGCGGCGGCGGCGGCGGCAACGACAGGUGGCGGUGCCGGAGGGCGUGAGGGUGGCGGCGAAGGUGCCCCUGAGGGCCGCCCUCCAACGCUAGACGUGUCCGUUGGCGGCGUCGGCGGGGGUUUGGAUUCAGGGUCAGCUUUGGGUUCGGACGGUUCUGUCUCGUCCGAGACCGGCUCUACGCCGGGGGCGGCGGCGGCGGGAGCUACGGUGGGAACAGUGGGAGUGCGUGGUGGUGGUGGUGAGAGCGGGGGCGACGGGGUGGUGACGGCGGCUGUGGUUACGGAAGGCGGAAAGUGGUCCGGAGUUUCGUCCUUCGUGACGGCACCGGAACCUGAAAGGUGGGAAGGGGACGGCCCGUGGGACCGGCCCGUGUCCGUGGCGGUUGUCGGCGACCUGGGUCUGGUGAACGGCGGCGCCACGUUCGACCGCCUGCACCGGCUGGUGGAGGACGGCGAGGUCGAUUUCGUUCUGCACCUGGGCGACAUCGGAUACGCUGACGAUGCCUUUUUGGAGCGGCCUUGGUCGUUCGGCUACGAAGACAAGUGGGAUGCUUUCAUGAGAAGGGCUUCCCACGAGUUUGCCGCUAAGGUCCCGUACAUGGUCGUGCCCGGAAACCACGAGGCUGAGUGCCACAGCCCCGCGUGCCUCUCCUCUCCGCGGAGACUCAACGCGCUGAGCAAUUUCGCCGCCUUUAACGCGCGCUUCCGGAUGCCGUCCACCGAGAGCGGCGCGGAUCACGGGGUGUCCAUGUGGUACUCGUUCAACGUCGGCCCCGUCCACUUCGUGGUCGUGGACACGGAAACGGACUUCGAGGGAGCGGGAGGGGACCACCUGCACUGGGUGGGGUUCGAGCACGGGAACGGGGGGUUCGGGGACCAGGUCGCUUGGCUGGAGCAGGACCUCGCUGCAGCGCACCAGGAGCGCGACGUCCGGCCUUGGAUCGUCGUUGCGGGCCACCGUCCGAUGUACUCCACGGAGAAGUCCGACAGCGAAGGCCUGACUUCUUUCGGUCAUUCCAACCGAAUACGCAAGGCGUUCGAGCCCAUUUUCGAGAAGAACAAGGUCGACGUGUACCUCAGCGGGCACGUCCACGCCUUCGAGCGGUCGUUACCGGUCCUCGACAAUGUGCCGUACCCCAACGAUGUUAGCGGUAGUGGCAACAACGGCGGCGGCGGCGGCGGCGGCGGCGGUGUCGGAGCCUCUCCGCAGUCUCUGCGCACUUCUUCCUCGAGCAGGAUGGUGUACGAGAGCCCCGUUGCGCCGGUACACAUCGUCAACGGAGCGGGCGGCUGCAUAGAGGGGUUCACGAAACCGGAACCGGUGUACCCGGCGUCCUUCCCGAGGUGGCGCGCCGUGGCGACGAGCAUGGUGCCAGGCGUCGGCAUCCUCACGUUCUCCAGCAAGGCGGAGAUGCGGUCGACGUUUGUGACGAGCGAUAGCCCGGCAGAGAUCCUCGACGAGCUCACGAUUCGGCAUCAACGUCCACCACUCCGUUAGUUGAGGCCCCAAAAGUUGCUGUUGGUGUUGCGUGUGUG